GUGGCGCUCGUGGGUUUAUGGAGUGUUCUUGGCUCUUUAAGGGCAGAGGGAGGGGGGGUUUUGUGUCCUCCUGCUCUGGCUGCAGUGUUUUUGUCUCGCUGUCAGUGAGAUUGCUGGCCUUACACGGCUGAAGGGACAAGGAAAGGGUUUUGUAUGUGAUGGUGUUACAAGAGGUAUCUAUUAAAUCAUGGCUCAAGUGUUACACAUGGACACCAGCUUUCCAGGAAAGAUUAAUUCUACAGGCCCCACUUCCCUUCAUACAAAGGACACGGAGGCUCCUUACUCAGUGGAGACCCCCUAUGGUUAUCGUUUGGAUCUAGACUUCCUUAAAUAUGUUAAUGACAUUGAGAAGGGUAACACAAUAAAGAGGGUCCCUGUUCAGAGACGUCCACGCUAUGGUUCUUUGCCACGUGGCUAUGGAUACACUGGCUCGUGGUGGACCUCCACUGAGUCCUUGUGCUCCAAUGCCAGCAUGGACAGCCGUCACUCGUCAUAUUCAUACUGUGCACCUGGCUAUCACACCUCUCAGCGACCCAACUUUAGCACGGCCCGUGUGGAGAAGACUCUGCUUGAUGCACGGCGAAAGCUGGAGGAAGAGAAGGACAAGCGCUUUUCCAACUUAGGAAGCAUGCACAGCAGUGUUGCUGGCUCCAACACUUCUCUUUCCAGUGCCCACAGCUUCAAUCGUGCUCAGGGAGGAGGAAGUUCAUACACACCUGUUAGCUCAGGCCUGUCCACACCUGUAUCGCCCACCCCAGCCCAUCUACAGCAUGUGCGUGAGCAAAUGGCCAUGGCUCUUAGGAAGAUCCGGGAUCUGGAAGAGCAAGUGAAGACCAUUCCCGUGCUGCAGGUGAAGAUCUCUGUGCUGCAAGAGGAAAAGCGACAGCUGAGUGUGCAGUUAAAAAGUCAGAAGUUCCUGGGCCACACACUUGGAUUCAAUCGUGGACGCACACGUGGUGAGCUCUACAUUGAUAUUCCAGAAGAGGAAGUGGAGGCUAAUACCAAUAAGAUGGUAGGAGGACUCUCACCCACCACCCCUGAUGGCUUACGUCAGGACUCUGGCUGUGAGAUAGAAGACACAGUGAUCAUAGGCAGUGCUCAGCCAGGAACCAGGAAGCAGGUUCGAACUAUUGGUGUGGGUCCAGACAAUAAGGAGAAAGAUACUUGUCAUGUGGGUGUAGGUGUAAGAGAAGAAGACUUAGGCUUCCUUCCAGAGACAGAGGUUCUGAAGACCAAGGUGGGCCAGUUGGAAGUGCAGCUGAGAAAGACUAUGCAAGAGCUACAGAGUGCCCAGAUGCAAAUAGAUACAGUGAAGGAGGAGAGGCAAGGUGGGACCCUGCAGGCCGAUCAUGCUGUGAGGGCCACCAGCCUGGGCUGGCAGGAACAGCAUGAUCUAGGAGCUGCUGGGCUCCACACAAUGGUCAGCUAUACCCAGCAAUGCCAGGAGAAGCAACAAAGGACAGUGGGGAUCCAGGUGUAUACACUUGAGCAGCCUACGUUAGUGCUCAGAUCUCAGCAGUGCAGCACCUCCUCCAGACCCCUAUCUGCACCCCUGCUGAAGGAUACUCCUCAUAGAGGAUAUGCAAAGCCUCUGAAUGCAGAAGAAUCCACUGCAGUAACUGCCAAACAGGUACGAGAGGUCCUAAGAAGUGAAUUGUCCACAUCGGUGUCCAUCACCAGCCCUUCCAGUGGUGCGGAGACAAACUACAGUCAAGCAGCUCCACUUUGCCAAAGGCUUAAAGAUGGUGAACAGAAACAGCAACUCGCCAAAGAAGUUAUGCACUCACAUGGAAGUGCACCACAACCAGCAUCUCCUCAAUCCAGCUUGAGAUCAAUCAUGAAGCAUAAGGCAGACAAAGAACCAUGCCCUUCUUCAAUUCAGAAGAAUCUGCAGUUCACAGGAGUAAAUGGAGGGUAUGAGUCCACCUCAACAGAAAGCACUUCUGAGACUUCAGAUGAUGAGAGUGAUGCAAGCGAAUAUCAUGAAGCCACUGAGAAACUACCAGAAUCUCCAGCUCAUCAUCCUCAGGCUACCUUUGUUAGCAGCUCUGCCGUUUCUGUCACUGUAAUUCCCGAAUCUACAGAAACAGUAAAUGACCAGCACAGCAAUGUCCCACUUUUACUUAGUGAGGGCUCAGGUUUACAAUCACCAGCCUUAGACACAGCCACAUGUCAACAUGUGGUAACCUCACCAGCUACAGAUUCUGACAAAUGGCACUCUGCAAACCAGUCGUCUACAACUGCCAUAUCUCCUCAAGCGAUUCUUAUCAAGUCGUCGGAAUCAAAUUCCAUUCAGCAAAAUUCAACCCAAAACACUGCCAUUUGCCCUAAACCGAGUUCCACUAAAUCAUCAGCAAUCUCUACGGCAUUGGAACAAACUGUUACCCAACCCCAAGCCAGCAGCUCAGAUAGCCAGCAAAAUUCUAGCCCGACAGAAUCCUCAGGCCUGACCACUCAACAGCCCACUCCUCUGUCACAUACCACUGGUGCUUCUCAUCCAGAUGAUAAGCAAUCACAAACCACGGACCUCACUUCACACCAGCAAGCUGUGCAGUUGAAGACUUUAGAGGCUUCUGGCCAACAGGAGAUUGGCAAAUCCCCAGUCAGUAGUCCAUCUGAAAGCUCCAGCUCAAGCAAAGCACCUACACAAGAAAGCAGAGGGGAGCUGAGUGACAGCUUCAUGACAGCUCUUUAUACCUUGAAGAAAGCACUUGGUGAACCAAAUGCUUUUAGCCAACAGGGGGCGAGAACAGCCUACACCACAGUAUUACAGGAGUGGCUGCGUGUCUCAUGUCAUAAAUCUGCGGACACAGCAGUAGUGCGAGCCUACAUGGAUGCCUUCGCCUCUGUCUCACCUCAGCUGCUGGAGUUUGUGAUAAAUAUGGCUGAUGGGAAUGGAAACACAGCACUGCACUACACUGUCUCACACUCCAACUUCCCUGUGGUUAAACUGUUGCUGGACACAGGACUAUGUAAUGCAGAUAAGCAGAACAAGGCUGGUUACACGGCUAUCAUGCUGACGGCUCUGGCUGCGUUCCACUCCGAAAGCGACCUUCAGACAGUUCUGCAGCUGCUUCGCACUGGAGAUGUCAAUGCCAAGGCUAGUCAGGCUGGGCAAACCGCCCUGAUGUUGGCAGUGAGUCAUGGCAGAGGAGACAUGGUUAGAGCUCUACUUUGCUGCGGUGCUCAGGUCAACCUGCAGGACGAUGAUGGCUCUACAGCCCUCAUGUGUGCCUGUGAGCAUGGUCACGUAGACAUCGUGCGCCAGCUGCUUUCUGUACCAGGAUGUGAUGCUACUCUCACAGAUAAUGACGGCAGCACUGCUCUCUCUAUUGCACUAGAGGCUAGUCAGAAUGACAUUGCUGUGCUCCUAUAUGCCCAUCUGAAUUUUGCCAAACCUCCUUCCCCUGUGUCUCCAAAGUCUCAAAUUGUGGGAUCCCCACCAUCAGAAAUCCUAAAAUGAAACAAUAAGGCUGCUUCCUGUAUGGGUGUAUUGUCAUUGUAAUUUAAUUGUGCAUACAGUUGAUCUGUACAAAUAUAAUUCUUUAUAUAUAUAUAUAUAUAUAUAUAUAUAUAUAUAUAUAUAUAUAUAUAUAUAUAUAUAUAUAUAUAAUGUGUGUAUAUAUACAUACAUACAUAUAUGUGUGUAUGUAUGUGUAUAUAUAUACAUAUAUAUGUUUUGUAUAAAAGUAUUCACUGUUAUCACUUAAUUGUAUGCUACUGCAUGUUUUAGUGGGUUCAGCGUGUCCUUUACACACAACUCUCCAAACCUGGGGCCUCAUUUAUUACAUUUUUAAUUUGAUUUUAAAAAUGUAAUCUAAACAAGCAACAUGCCAAAAAACUACUAUAAAACUAAAAACUGACAAGUAAAUAUUUUUAUACAUAUGCAAUGUAAAAACCAGCUUCAUUUUUCUCUUAUUGCACCACAUUUUAAAUGCACUCACUUUAUAUUUGAUGGGAAUUUUUAGCCAGUGCAGGGUGGCAGUAAGUCAAUUUAAUGAAUGAUAUUUAUCAGUUAAUCAUAAAGAAUAGUUUUAUUGAAUUCUAAAUGUUUUAUACCUCCGAAACAAACAAACAAAUAAAAAAGCAUUCAGUGACAGAGACAUGUCUACUUUUCAUCAGAAAUUGGGCAUGUACUGCAAUAACAGAGAAUAAAAUAUCCUGUAAUCGCAAUAAUCUUACAAAAUAUACUAUAUAGCUACAGGUUUUUGGACACCUGACUAUUGUGUCCAUAUGUAUUUUUAAACAUCCCAUCCAGAUUACAUUUGAGAAGGGUUUCUGCUAGAUUUUGGAGCAUGGAUGUGGAUAUUUGUUUUCAUUCAACUACAAGAGCAUUUUCUGGGGUCAGUGUUCCAUUUCAUCCCAAAGGUGUUCAGUAGGGUUGAGAUAAGAGCUCAGUGCAGGACACUCGAGUUCUUUCACCCAUGUCUUCAUUUUGCUCGUUUUGUAGACAGAAGCAUUGUCAUGCUGGAACAGUGUUUGAGCUAGAGACCUGGACGAGAUUUGAUGUGUGAAUGUGGGUGUGGGCGGUAAAAUACUCAUGAGUGCAAAUUGCAGCAGAAUAAAAUCAUUGGUGGGAUUCCAGAUUAUUUUCUGUUUCUUUUUUUUUAUUAAUAUUCAAAAGGGAAGCAAGUGAAAAAGGCAGUUGCAGGAAGAAGCAGUUGAAAAUUUCAAUAGUGCAGGAGAGAAAAUAGUUUUUUUGCGGUAGCGGGACAGAACCUUGCGGGAGCGGGACAGAACCUUGCGGGAGCGGGACAGAACCUUGCGGGAGCGGGCGGGAGCUGGACUGAAAAAUCCAUCCUGCGCAGGUCUUUAGUUUGAGCCUCUUUGUUCCAGUGAGGAGAAACAAGCUGUGAGAAUAUAAUUGUAAGGUGUCCACAACCAUUGGAUAAUAUAAUGUAUAUCAUAAUGAAACAUUCAAUUUAGACUAAAAAAGCCGAAUUUUACAUUGUCCUCACAUUGACCUCUCUGAUCUGUAAUAUUCUUUAAACAACAAACCAAGGUCAACGUCCUUAAUCUUAUUGAAACAAAUACACAAUCACGUCAAAUGUUGCCACUUUAAGGCUAUAUGAAAAAAAAAAGAUUCGAUCUUGGAUGUAUAGCCAGUUACAUAUUCAUUAUAUUUUACUAUAAGAAAAGUGUAAUGUUGAUCCGUUUGAUCAGUCAGUCUCAUCUCGGCAUUCAGAGACACAGAAAUAUGCACUUAAAAAUAUGCAAUAAAUGAGGCCUUUGUUUUCCACUGCCGCAAAGCUUCUACGUCUGAUCAAUUUCAUUACAUAGACUGAUCUUGCUGACGCUCUCUGACUCCGAAUGCGGUAUUAUUCGUUUUAAAUAAGCAAAUAAAUCUGUUUAAAUAAAUCAUUUCCAUGAUCACAUAACAUGUUCUUUAGCUAUUUUGCAUUACUCAUUACGCAGUGUUUUUUUCUGUUCUACUCAAACAUUUUUAAGAAAAGCUACUUCAGUAUUAAGUUGUUUGUCAUUUAUUCCUCAGUUUGUUUAAUUGAUUUAGAAAACAGUCUCAUUAAUUAUUACUUUUCUGGCUAGAAUUAAUCAUUGAUUUAUUUUUUCACCUUCAGUGAGUGCUUUAUCAGUAGACUCACAGCUUAUUCUUGGAUCAAUGAGCAUACGGCAGUAUUACACAUGGGAAGAAGCGCCUUGGAUUAUUGUUGUAUUUUUCUCUUUAUUUGCAGUCAUUUAUAACUAAAUCAUUUCUACACAUUGCAAAGUCACGAACAGAAUAUACUGACUCACGCUAGCGUUGUUCUGUGUGAAAACUAUCAGUGAUAUUGCAAGUGGUCCAUGUUUAUAAAUUGUUAAAGAGACUUACUGUACACUAGCUAGAAUUGUAUAAUGCAAUUUCAGUCAACUUUUUGUCUCAGAAAUGAAAGCCAGAGUUUUAGAAUGUGUAUGUCACACUAUAAACAAUAACAUCCCUAUAUGGCACAACAGAUAAGCUGAUGCUUAGAUACAGAGUUUCCCAAAACCACUAUAAUUUUGUGUGUGUGUGUGUGUGUGUGUGUGUGUAUACAAUGAGUGGUUGUACACAAAGGUAUCAUGACUGCAUUAAGGUACUAACUUGUAUAAGGAACGUGGCUAGAAAUGUUUUCUAUUGACUGGAUGAGCUGCUGUGGAAGUAUCUGUUGGAGUUUGAUGCUGAAAUUAUCGUCACUGUAAAUUAUGGGGCUCCUUCAUCCGUUUCUGUUCUUAUGUGGGUCUAGAAAUUGUAAAAAAAAUAAAAAAUAAGGCUCAGAACUAUCGAUGAACAAUGUGCUGUAUAAGAUUUUUAGAAAUAAGUAUAAUAUAUGCCGUGUUAAAUUGUUUAAUUGCUUUUCUAUACACUUUUUAGCUUUUAAUACACGGUCGUUGAAUAGUAAUCAUUGUGUAAUAUGAUGGCUAGUUACAUUUUUAUACACACUUGAUUAUACAAACUAGUUUAGGAGUUUAUUUGUUUUGUAAUCUUUUGUAUUUGUUUUAUUUAGACUAACUCUUACUUUAUAUAUUAAUCUGUGACAACUAUGUGUGUCUUUUUUAGCACCUUUGACUUUUCAUUUGUAAUUGGUUUUGCUACCUUUAUAAAUAAAUGCUCACUUUGUUAUA